CCCCGGAACAUGGGUGUGGUUGGCCAGUGUGGGCAGCUUACUGUGUGGUGGGGCGGUGUGGUGGGACACUGCACCCCCCUCACUCAUCCCUGCGCUCGCACCACCGCCACUACCACACCCACAAUGGAGGUUUGUACGGAGGAGUAGCGACCCCUCUAGCCAUGGUACCCCCCCAGAUCCCUCCUCAUGGCCGCAGUCUAUCUCAGGGUCUAACGGGCCAGGGAGGACAAGGGCAAUCUGGGGGGACACCAAGAUCACGACGCAACCGUGAUUCCUUCUGUGACGACAGCCAGGUUGUAAACAUGAACAUGAGCCAGUGUGUAAGCAAGAUGGGUGGUCGGCAGCCAUCUGGGGAAUGCCAGAGGUGUGAAGAAGAACCAUUGUUAGAUAAAGUUCCUCCAGCACCUCUCAGUGCUCACGUGUUGCCUCCAAGAUUUUCAGUAGCACAAAUGCGGGCGUGUAACAAAUCACAGACACCAACUAGGGCUGCCAUGCAACAAAUGAAACCACAGAAUCAAAUUCCAACACCCAAGACAUACUCUCAGUCCCGUCCCCGCACAUACAGACCAGAUGAAUAUAACCUUCCUCAGAAUUCAUAUGUCCCAACGUGGGCUCGCUCACAGAGUGGUGGACGACCCAGUGCCAGUGGGGGAAAGAAGUCAUCUGGACGUAGUCGGACAUCACCCAGAAAGGAAAAUGAUGAUGGACAGAUGCGACCAUUAGAUUCAGGAAGAACUGCUCUUAGUGGAGGACUUGUUUUGCCUCCUAUGCCAAGACACCACCAUGUAGAGGAAGCAGGGGUGCGCCACAAGUUACGAUCAUUUACACGACACUAUAGUGAUGAUAGCUUACAUGGCUCCUCUCACAGAGAUCUGCAGUCUACUAGAAUCCAUUCUUCAGCUGAUGAAAUUAGCUCCCUCAAUCGAUCUCCAAGUCUAAGUUCCUCUGAUGAGAGUUUCUCAAGGACAGAUUUCUCACGCACUGAUGCCGAUUCACCAUCUCCUCAACAUGCCCCAUCUCUCAGCGAUGAACGUUUCAAAUACAUGUUUGGGGGCAUGAAUCUAGAGGGAGCAAUGGCACCAGGGUUUAGAGAACUCUCUCCACAAAUUUAUUCUGAUUAUUUAUCUAGUGUGAAAGCAUCCAGUGAUGAGAGCUCUUUACGGUUAAAUAGUCUGUCACGUGACUCGACAACCUAUUCUUACCCCAAUGUGCCAGGACUUUGGAGAGAAACGGAUAUAGCCAGUCCUACCCAUGAUGAGAGGAUGCGAAGAGAUGACCUAGUGAUACCUAAAUUAACUGCUGAAUUUUCGAGUGACAAGAUGAAACGUAGUAAACAUGGUGAUAAAGCUGAUGUGGAGGUUCCGUCCCAUGUUGAUAAUUGUGUGAGUCACAGCGCCUCACCAUCCAGUGAGAAAGUAAGGCCAGGGUGUAGACUGAGCUAUGUAGACUGUGAUUUAAACUCUCCAUCAAGAACUAGUGCCUCUGGCAGCACAAGUCGUAUGAGAAGUUUAGAGAAGAGUCCAAGAGAAAGCACAGCCAUGACCCCUGACAGUGUUAUUAUGGUGCCAAAGAAGCGAUCUCUUUCUAGAGAAGAAGGCAUGAAAAUAGGAAACCAUGUCGGUACAGAACACGACAUAUUCAGAAAGCGUAGUACAGAGCGACCAAAACGAGAUGGAGAAUGCCAGACAGACCCAAGAACACAUCAUCAUAAGAACAGUGCCACAGGAGUUAAAUCAGGAGACAGAAACAAGCCAGAGAGGAAAAUUGAAAAGUCUGCAACAUUUGAAGGAAUACCAGAAGAUCCAAAAUCUACACACCGUGACGGCAGUGAAGGAAGAGUCACAGCUGGAUGUGGACACAGUGAGUAUGAGAACAUGGAAUCAGAUGUUCCCGAUCUCUCAACCGAUGAUGAAGGGUUGAAUAAUAUCAGAGUUGAAGGCCAAGAGAUGAAAAAUGAAGCGAUGGGAGGCAGGCGGAGCGACGGAUGGAAAGAGGGAAGGUACGAGAGCCACAGUUUAGGACGAGGGCCUUCCAAGGGAGCUGAGCAUCCAACAGAUGACGAGGAUGAUAUAAGAUCGUUUGAAGAGGAAGAGAGAAGGAUGGCUCAAGAACUUCAAGCUGCAGAAAUGGCAGAGGCGACCAAAUCUUCAGUAACACAAAGUGGUGGUAUUGGUGAUGGUGGAGAGACAAGUCAGUCCGAGUGGAGUGAGGAUGACGAUGGUGCUGCAUCUGAACCACUGUUAGAUCAAGAGAGUACAGGCUAUACCACAGAUGAUCCAGCAUUAGAGCAAGUCUCCAUGAUGAAUGAUGCUGGCCUAACAGAUGCUGAGGGUGCCUUGAGUGAUGUGAACUCCAUUUAUAAUGAUCCACACCAGUACGAUGGAGAUAUGGAUGACACAAGCAUGUCCUCACGAGCAUCGUCAAGAAUAUUUGAUUCAGAUGCAAUUAUAUCCUUCGACCAGAUUAAUGCCUACUAUGAGUCUGAAUAUGACAACUAUCGUCCAAGUGGUAUUACCUCAGAUGGUUUUGAUACAGAGCCACUCUCUGAUGUAGAUUUAGAUGGAAUAGAUGGAAUAAAUCUCCAGAACAUAAGAUCAAUGUCAGAGAGCAUUACAAGAAAUUUUGGACAGCCCCGAAGUGAAACUGAUGUUGAUAGUGAUGUAUGAUAUUGGGUGAAAUCCUUAAUGGAAGACUAUUGUAUUGAAACUACUGUAUAAAAGCUUGCACAAAAAUGCCAUGAUUCAGUUAACCAAGAAGGAACUGAUACAUUUGUAUCAUUACAGACUAUAAUAUGUCAUAAGACUAUGUGUGACAAUAGAAAAUACAUAGGUUGACUAGCAUUGGUUGAUUGUCAACAUUAAAGGGUGGAUAUCUAUUUGGACAGAUAGGAAGAUUAAGAAUGACAAGCACAAGCACAAGAACAGUUUUUCUAAAAAAAAUAAAAUAAAAAAAGACUUGUGAUAGUGCUAUCCUCUUCUUUUUUCCCCCUAAGAGAAAUAUUAUAAAAGAAAAACAUUGGCAUACCUUGCACAAUUCUCAUGACACUCCUAAGCAGGUGAAGGAAUUGGGCAGAGCAGUUUUGUAUCAAGUGUUAUUCAUAGAUUUGAUGCUGAUAGUGACUGGUUAGGGAUAUGACGAUCUAGAAAAGUGUUAUCCAUUAAUGCUUGGUAAUUUAUUACAUGUUUAAUGUUUCAAGUUAUAAUAGUGUGUCAGCCAGAGACUGAGGUUGUUAGAGUGUAUGUUAAUUUGUGAAAACAUAUGUGUUUUAGAUGCCUGUAAGCUUCAGUUUUAUAGAGGGAUGAUGAAUAAAUUUGUUUCAAGAUGUCAUGUCCUAAUACUGGCAAUACAAUAGAGGGCAAUCAAAUAGGACUAGCAGUAUCGCAGUAUGAUUAACUUUCUAUUUUUUACAUAAAUUUGGCUGUGUCUGUAUAUAUAUACCAUUCUUUUUUUGUGAUUCCUGACACUGCUGUUUUUCUGAAUAUUACAUUAUUCAUGUAUUUACCUUUUGUUCCAAUAUAAUUUCUAGACUAUAAGUAAAAUAUGUGUAUGUGUGUGUAUAUAUGUAAAUGUAUUUUGGUUAAACAUACUAAAACCAUAAACAUUAAAUUAUUUGAAGUAUACCUAGAAAAUGUAAAUGGUAGUCUUGAUGAAUAUGGCUUUUAAAUCAAGGUAUUUGUAAGGAAAUAUAUAUAUUGAUAAUUAUCCAAAUGCAUAUGAUAGAAAUUCAGAGAAAUGUAAUAAAUAAAUCAGGAUAAAAGCUCUAAACUCAUUGAUGUUAGUGUUGAGUGUUAUUUUAAUUUUAUUUAAAAUUAUAAUGGAUCUUAUAGAAUGCUCAGUACUUUCUUGAUAAAACCAAAAAAUUUAAAGGCUUUUAUUUCCACAGAUGUCAUUUGCUAUAGCAGAUAGUUCUAUUGGAAAUGCCCAUUGUAUGUUUUCAUUUUCCAACACAUGGGCUGAAAGCUCUGUGUAGAAUAAUGAUUCUAAAUUAUCCUCUUGUCAUUGAUUUAUAACAGAAAAUGAAUUUGUAUAUUUUCAUCCAAGAAAUUGUCUGACAUUCCUUUUUUCAUUGCUCCUUGUUUUCCUUUCUUAUUUCUUUAGUCUUUUCCUCUCUCGUCUUGCAGGUUUGGAUACUUCAGCGCUUGAAAGUCUGUUUCCCAUGAAAAAAAAACAGGUUCUGUAGAUAUAAAGUCAAAUGAAGGAUAGAUAAAUAAUUUUCAAUACAAAUCUGCCAUCAGCCUCUUGUACUGCAACAAAAGCAAACCAGUAUUAUUCUAGUGAAACAGCAGAUAUGAGCAACAGUAAAAUAAAUUAUUGAAUUGAUAAAAAAACAAAAUAAAAAUGGGAAUUCUCAGGCAUUCCAGUUGACUGAACAGAGGCCUUCAGAAUAGGCACUACAACUGGGUAACUGUUACUGAUGUAUUUGGCUUCUCUGACCCCAACAAACUGUCCUGUGCUCUUUAUCAUUUCUACUUUCAAUACCUCAUUAUCUAUUAUCAUUAUCUAAAAAUGCCAAACAGUAUGUAAUUUAAAUAUUAAUGGCCCAUAUACACAUCUUUCAUAUACAGAAUGUGGAUACAAUGAAGGACUGAGCAACACUGAAAUAACAAUUUGGGUAAAAAGCUUAAUAUAAUCUGCAAUAUACAAAUAAUAUUAAGUAGGACACAACAUUUUAAGCUUCUAUUGAGUUUUAUACAGAUGACCCAAUAUACUAAUAUUUCUUGAUUCUGCUUCAAGCUAUCACUUCUGUUAUUAGUAAUCAUUAUCAAUCUGUUAUGAGCUAAGGUAUUAUAUUCUUUGAAUGCACAAUACAAAUGCAGAGAUCAAUACUGUAAAUAUAUGACAAAGGGUUGAUUAUUUUU